AUGGCCGACAACCAUAUUGCUCAGACCCUGACAAUCCUGAUGCAGUCGGUUCAGCAGUUGACUCAGUCGAGCCAGCAGUUGACCCAAGCGGUUCAGCAGUUGGUCCAGUUGCAACAACAACAUACUUUGACCCAGUCUGUUCAGCAGUUGACUGGCCAACAGUUGACUCAAUCGAUUCAGCAGUUGGUCCAGGUGCAGCAAGAGCGACUUACCUAUCUUCGGAACACCACCCGGGAUCACAAAAUGCCUGUUUUCAAGGUGCUUGAGGAUAUUCAUGGCUUGGAUGAAUGGCGCGAGAAGCUCCUCCUAGUUCUAGAGUGUUUCAGCCUUGCGAAAUACAUCACCAAAGAUGUGGAAGAAUACAUCAAAAGCACCGUUGGUUGGGACGGAAUCUGGGACGAGGAGGACUUCCUUGCGCUUGGAUGGUCGCCGUCUGAGUACAAUCCUAAGAAAACGUUCGAACUCCUCGUCCAGUACUACUCGCCUGAAGGCCCUGCUCGUACAGAAUCAGGUUCGGGGUUUGACGACUAG